AUGAUUCAACAUCCUGGAAUCAAGAAUGAAACAGCAAUUAUUUUGAAAGGACUUCAGGGAACAGGUAAAAACAGAUUUACUGACAUUAUUUCUGAACUUCUCGCUGGUUAUUCAUGUAAAAACAUUACUGAAAUAAGUGAGCUAACGGGUAAUUUCAAUUCGGUUGUUGAAAAUAAAAUGUUUCUUGUACUUAAUGAACUCAAGAAUGUGGGUGAAGACAGACUCGCAAACUUCAACGCUUUGAAAUCAAUUAUUACGGAUAAUGAGAUUAGAAUUAAUGAAAAGAAUCAACCCAGAAGAACAGCUCAGAAUGUUGCAAACUUCAUUUUCGUAACUAACAACGUUUACCCUGUCAAAAUUGAAGUUGGAGACAGAAGAUAUGUAGUUUUAAGAGUUAAUGGUAAAUUCAAGGGUCAAUUUGAUUACUUCAAGAAUUUAAUGGAUUCAUGCACAAAGGAAUUUUAUGAUAAUUUACUGACGUAUUUUAUCAAUUACGACCUUUCAUCAUUUAAUGUACGAAUCAUACCGAUGACUGAAGCCAAACAAGAUUUAAUUGAAUUAUCAUCAAAUCCUUUAGAUGUAUGGAUAAAUACACAUUAUGAUGAAUUGUGUGCAGGUAUGACGUGUGAAAAUGCUCUAUUCUGCAAACCAUCAGACAUGAAAGACAAAAACUUUCAAAUGAGUAUUAAGGAUAAAUGUGAUAGGAAACAUAGAAGAAUAGACGGUAAACAAACAUGGUAUUAUGUUUUGAAAGAAGAAAUGAAAGGAUUAUAUAAACAGGUUGAACCAAACGAUAAUGAGGAAUCAUUUACUGACGAUGAAAUACCUGUAAAUGAGCCGCUAAGCGGCGAGACCUGA